AUGGAUUUUGUCACUGUCAAUGGAUUGAAGUUAAGAAGACCAUUUUCGGAGUCAAGAAGAAAAAAUAAUAUUUGGUGGUUCCUUUCAAACUAUUUCUCUAAUAACAGUACACCGGCUCCAACCUCUUAUUCCGCGAAAGGAGACAACUGGAUUUUAGAUGAACCUACGACUUUUGCUCUGGAUUACGGAGAGUGGUCAAAUACGAUUUUUAAAGAAUAUAUCAUGAAAUAUUUCUUAAUUGACAAAGGGCGUAAUUUUCUUGAAACAGUUGUAGAGACGCCGUUUCACAAGUUGAUGUUAAAAGGUGGUGCCCCCACUUUGCUUGUCUUGGGGCCAAAUCUUUACGAGGAACAAGCCUUCUACUCCUGUGAUAUCGAAGAAGCAGGUAAAGAUUUAUUGUGCAGUGAAUACACGUUAUUAGGUACUGUCCUCCAGGUAUUUAUUCGUCAUAUACAUUAUCACACAAAUGUUCAAUAUGAGGGGUAUUCUUAUAAAGGAUCCUAUAAGAUAUCUGAGCGCCCCGUGAAACCAAAUAGGCUGUUAUAUUUGCCGCCUUCUCAAUAUUCCAACAUUCCACUUCAAGCUAUUUUUUAUGGGUUCUCUCAAGAGGACGCAAUAAUAUACAGGGAUUUGUUGAUUGUUUACAGAAUUCGAGCAAUCAGACGUGGUUAUAAACCAACGAUGGAUAAAGUCUUAAGUGUCUUUUUUGACCCACCAUAUGAAAUAUAUGUUAUCCCUUCCCCGCAUGGGGACAAUUCCAAGCAAGAAUAUAUCGAAGUAAAUCACUGUGAAGACGUCACAGAGGAGGAACGUCAAACUUACCAAGCUUACUUUAUGUUGAAAAUGAAAUACAUGUUGGGUGAUAAAUUGGAAUACUCGACAUUUUCUGAAGUACUUGAGAAUACAAACCAUGCGUACUGUGAAAGUGUACACUUAGAAGAAGUCUAA